GUGUGGUCACUAGUUAGUGGCGUGUUCGCGUUCAUAGCUUACUUUAUAUUGGUAAACAAGGGCAGGACCCUUGUUUAUUAUUAUAUUCAAAAAACCCAGUCCACCCUCUCGCUCGCUCACUAUUUUUAGAGACAUAAUUUGGAAGUGGACUUUAGUAUUGAAGUGGGCGCUUGUUGCUCUCCAGAUGUAAUAUUUAAACAGCACACAGUACAAAUUAUCACAUUAUAAACAGUUAAGCAAUAAGUCAAGCUUUGUGUCGUGUGUUUUGGCCUAGUGAAGGCGAGUCCGGUGAUCCAAUAUCCCAUCGCUGUGUAUUAUUUUCAAUACAAAACUGCUUGCAAUUAUAGAUCCCUUGCUAUCUAAUAUUCUUGCAUCCAAACAAAACAAACAUAAGAUCUACGUAUGUACUUUACCUAUAUAUCCUACUUUGCCUAGGAAAGUGCUUCGAAUUUUAUCCUUUUAAUUAAACAACGUACCACCAUAAUUUACAUAUCAAAAUGAGUAAACUGUGCAGACAAGUGUCCAUCGAGUCCCCCGGGCCGACACUUAGGGAAUGUGUGUUCAGUUUUGACGUACCUGUACCUGACGUUCCUAUGUACGGCGCAAGGAUUCGAGUGGUGUACGCCGGAGCCUGCUACAGAGCGAACAAGACUCGCUCUGCGUCAGUCUGCAGUACUUCCUCCAUAUCUUCCAUAGGCAGCCUCUCCGGAGAAAUGGAGAACUUCGGUAUCCAUACGCAUGCCACUCCUGCUCAUAUCGGUCUGAGAGACGGCGCUCUAUUUCCCGGUUACGAAGUAGCAGGUGUGGUAGAUGUCAUUGGUAAAGCUGCGGAAAGAUUGGACGGAAUCAAAGAAGGGUCGAGGAUUGUUUUGUAUCCUUACGAAGGUGUACCCAAUGGGUACGCGGAGUACAUUGUCGUACCAGAUUUUAAAUGUUUAGUACCUAUACCUGAUCAGUUGCCCUUGAGCGUAGCUGCCAUGCUUCCCACUGGUGCUUUAUUAGCCACAAACACGGUGGCUACGGCUGGAGAGUAUUUGAAGAAGGUAUUGGAUGGGCCAACGAAAAAGGAGAACACGACGGUGUUGAUUGUUGGCACUGGAGGGCUGGCGUUGUGGGCGCUGCGCAUCGCCACACAUUACUUUAAACAUGCGUCGUAUAACAAUCGCAUCAGGAUAUGCGUGGCUACCCUCAAAGACGAAGGAUUUAUUUUGGCGAAGGAAUGUGAAGAAGUAAAAGUAGUGCAGUGGAACGAAGACGCGUAUGAAAAGCAGCUCAUAGAGAGGACUACGGAUGCGUGUGGUGGACCCGUGGAUGUGGUACUCAACUUCGGUACCACUUCAAGAUCACUCCAUAGAUCUUUGCAGUGUCUCGCACUGGGUGGUGUGGUUCUAGUGACUGAAGAUGUAGGAGAAAAGCUUUUGCCCAAGUUCGCAAAAAAAGCUGAGGAGAUGAACGUGCACAUAGAAAUCGUCCCCAACGGAUCUAUAGAACAGCUCAAAGAACUGGUGGCUCUGGUGGCUAGGGGAGAAAUCGAGCCGCCACCGCACUCGGUGUUCCCAGCGGAAGAGGCGCAGGAGGUCGUCAGGAAGCUCUGCAACUCCGAGAUUACAGGGAGGGCGAUCCUCAAGUUCCAUAACAUUGACUAAUCACCCACGACUACUGUCGAGACAUUGAGACACUUUAUUUAUUCGCUUAGAUUAGACGGUACGGAGUAGCACAUAUAGUUUAGAUCUGGAGAUCAAACGCUGAGAGAGUCGGAGUCACUCCUGCCCUGCUGGCGGGCGGGAAGUACCCUCGCCCUACUUUGGGCUGAUCACCGGCCUAACUAACCAUUUCUUCAGUAGCACAUCAAUCGCGUGAAGCUGGAUCAUCUGCACCCCAACAGCUAGAAGGUGACGGCGGCAGUGGACUCACUGACUGCUGAUUUUUUCAUUAGAAUUAAGUUUACGCUAUCAUUAUCCAAUUAAUCAAUAUUCGUUAUCACUGUAUAUCUUCUAGUUAUAGCUAAAACCAAAGUAAUAAGAGUUGUAUAUUAUUGUC